GAUGUAUAUAUCUAGGAGGGCUUUGGGGUAUCACUUUGACCCCCGCGUGUCUCCGAGGGACACGUUCCUGCUGUGCAGGCUGCAGUGGGGUGCCAGAGGCAGGCGCUGGAAACACUGGGUCAGGAAGGACCGCCACCACGCUGAGGUCUACUUCCUGGAGAAGAUCUUUGAGCCGAGGAGGUUCAACAACGCCCACUGCUCCAUCACCUGGUACUUGUCCUGGAGCCCCUGUGCAAACUGCUGCUACAGAAUAGUGCAGUUCUUAAUGAAGCACUCCUACGUCAGCAUAGACAUCCGGGUCGCACGGCUCUACUUCAUAGAGGAUGAAACAACCCGGCAGGGCCUGGAGGAGCUGGUGAGCUGUGCCAGAGUACGGCUCACCGUCAUGGACACUGAAGGCAAGGUUCCCUUUGUUUUGUGGAACUGGGAAGGGGUGAACUGGUGGAAGAUAGAGCCAGAUGAAUUCAAAACAAAUUAUUCACCUGACCACCGUCCAAGGGUGGUGUACCUGCUGUAUGAAAUCAGAUGGAGAAGAGGAACCAUCUGGAGGAACUGGUGCUCCAACAAUAUUGACCAACAUGCUGAAGUCAACUUCUUGGAAAAUUGUUUCAAGGCCAAGCCAUCUGUUUCUUGCUCCAUCACCUGGUUCUUAUCUACUGCCCCCUGUGCAAAAUGCUCCAGAAGAAUUCUGAAGUUCCUAACGGCACAUCCCAAGGUGACCUUGGAAAUAUAUGCAGCCAAGCUGUUCAGGCACCUGGAGAUCCGUAACCGGCAAGGUCUCAUGGACCUGGCAGUGAAUGGAGUCAUCCUACGUAUCAUGAAUCUUGCAGAUUACAGUUACUGCUGGAAACAAUUUGUUGCAUACCAACGUGGACAAGAAGUUUACUGGCCCCAGAGCUUCUCUCCAUACAUCUUUCUGAACUGGAGAGAGCUCCAUCACAUCCUUCUGGUUAGUAGGUACUUGAAGAGAACACUACCCGUGAAAAGCAAUGGCAGAUCCUAG